CCCCUCCUCUAUCUGUUCAAAUGAGACAGCGCUGCUCGGCUCUGCGCUCUGAGUGUGUGUCACAGAACGGGCCGCUCUGUUAUGGAGGACUAACCGACUGAAAACGCCGCACAGCGCCUCUCCUGCCGCGCACCGAGGGCUCCCUCCAGGCCGGCAGGCUGUGGAUCUUCUGCCGCUCCCCGCGCUUUGUGGACCGUCGUGCUUCUUAUGGGAUCGGGAGGCGCAUCCCUGGCUCUCUCUGACUCCCUCAGAAUCAUCUCCCUCGGCCUUUUUUCUGCGUCGCAGCAUUUUUGGGAGGAAAAACGUGAUUAAGCGGCCGGAAGCAGCGAGCCGAUCAUGGAUUAAUGCCCGAGUGAAUUCUCAUCUGAAAGGUUCCCAAUGUUGAACAUGUCCACCCCGAGUGAGCUGAAGUCUCCCUGCAUGACUCGCAAUGGUAUGGUGAAGUUGCCCCCCAGCCAGCCUAACGGUCUGGGCAGUGCGAGUAUCACCAAGGGGACGCCUGCUGCUAAGAACCGUCUAUGCCAGUCCUCCUCUGUGCCCUCCAUCUUGCCUCCUCCGCCGUCCUCUCUUCCCUAUCAUCACCAUCUGCAUCACUUGGACAGCCCCGGGAUGCCUCAUACCACAGCACCUCUCUUGCCCUCUGACCUGGAGCCAGGGAAGCCUCUGGUGGGGCUGAAGCCAUCUCUUCGUCAGCUUCCCCCCCUCACUUUGCCCAAACCCAUACUGCUGGAGCGUCAGCUAGUCCUGGAUGAGAAACUCCUCAACCGACUACUCUGGUACUUCACCACGGCAGAAAAAUGUGUGCUGGCACAAGUAUGCAAGACAUGGCGCAAGGUGCUGUACCAGCCCAAGUUCUGGGAGGGGGUGACGCCCAUCUUGCAUGCCAAGGAGCUUUACAACAUAUUACCCAAUGGGGAGAAGGAAUUUGUCAGCCUGCAGGCCUUUGCUCUGCGGGGCUUCCAGUCGUUCUGCUUAGUGGGGGUUUCGGACCUCGACAUCUGUGAGUUUAUCGAUAACUACCCGCUGUCCAAGAAGGGAGUUCGUUCUCUCAGCCUCAAGAGGUCAACCAUCACAGACGCUGGUUUGGAGGUCAUGUUGGAGCAAAUGCAGGGCCUGAUGCACCUGGAGCUGUCAGGCUGCAACGACUUCACGGAAGCCGGCCUGUGGUCCAGUCUCAAUGCCAGGCUAACUUCCCUCAGCGUCAGUGACUGCAUCAAUGUGGCGGAUGACGCCAUCGCUGCUAUUUCCCAGCUCCUGCCCAACCUAUCAGAGCUGAGCCUGCAGGCCUACCACGUCACUGACACGGCCAUGGCCUAUUUCACAGCCAAACAGGGCUACACCACCCACACUCUACGGCUCCAGUCCUGCUGGGAGAUCACCAACCACGGUGUGGUGAACAUGGUGCACAGCCUGCCCAACCUGACCGCCCUGAGCCUCUCAGGCUGCUCCAAGAUCACCGACGAUGGCGUGGAGCUGGUGGCCGAGAAUCUGCGGAAGCUCCGCAGCCUGGACCUGUCCUGGUGCCCCCGGAUCACAGACAUGGCCCUGGAGUACAUCGCCUGCGAUCUGCACAAACUGGAGGAGCUGGUGCUAGACAGGUGUGUGCGAAUCACUGACACGGGGCUGGGCUACCUGUCCACCAUGUCUUCACUAAGAAGCCUUUAUCUGCGCUGGUGCUGUCAGGUGCAGGAUUUUGGUCUGCAGCAUUUGUUUGGGAUGAGAAGUCUCCGUCUGCUGUCUCUUGCAGGCUGCCCCCUGCUGACCACCACCGGGCUGUCAGGCCUCAUCCAGCUGCAGGAGCUGGAGGAGCUGGAGCUGACCAACUGUCCAGGAGCCACGGCCGAGCUCUUCAAGUACUACGCCCAGCACCUGCCCCACUGCAUGGUCAUCGAGUAAGACGGCCCAGCCCUCAUCAGACAGACGCCGUACGUCAACCUUCCUCCUCAACCCGUCCUCGUCCUUUUCACACCGAGCUGUCCCUGCAUCACUCCUCCUCACCCGUUCCCCUUCGUCCCCCCCCAGCCAUCUGAACGGACUCCCUCGCUGGCAGGCAGACUGAGAGGCAGGAAGGUCCAGGAUAGGACAUGCCACAUCCAGAGGCAUGGCGUCCCAGCUGCGUUUGAGAAGAUGCUGGCGUGAAGAGCUUGGUGUGACGUCUUGUCUGACAGCAAGUUUCUUUUUCACAAUCAACAGAGGACUUGGAAGGAGGAGGAAGCUUCUCUGUGGACUUGGAAGGAGUUUUUCUAAAAAAUGAAGCGGACGCAGAGGGGAGAGCGUGCACGCCCCAGAUGCAACGAAGAGGGAAAGAGGAGGCUAAAGACUUUUUGUUCGAUGGAGACGAAGAUUUUUUUUUUAGCUGUUUGAACUCAUAAGCUCAUACACUGCAAACACACUAAAACGUAUACUGUAUGUAAGUAAAGCAAAUAUAACUCCUGAAGAUCAUGAGUGCUGACACGUGUCAUCUCUUGUAAUAUUCCCCCAGUAGCCCCUUUUAUUUUAUUUUUCCUCAGAAGGGAUCCAAGGUUUCCUUUUCUCUCGCUCAGUUUCAGACUCUGCGUUUCUGGACAGAAAGCCACCAAGUAAAUAAGGACGGACCAUAUUAAUAUCUCUUCUUUUUUUUUCUUCUCCCUGCUUCUGCGUGUGAAGUGUGUGUGUCACUGACUCACAGCUUCCCGUCUUUGGGAUCCCCUUUCUCUCCCCCAUUUCUGUGUCUUAACUGAAAUCCAAAAAAAUAAAAAAAUUUAAAAAAUCUAACAAAACAAAAACCAAAAACAAAGAAACAGUUGAGACAAAUAAACAUAAAAGAAGUCAAAAGAAGAUCUAAAACAGCUGUUUACAUCAGUUUUUUUUUUGUUUUGUGAGGGUUACAUGAGGGGUAGCUGCACGCUUAUCUGACUUGUUUGGUUCUUGCCAUCAUCUGUUGGCUCCUCUGUUUUUGUGUGACGGUGACAUGGGGCUGAAGAGACGCUGCAAACCGAUCCGCUUCGGGACUUUCAGUGACAUUUUUUAAUUUUUUCGCCACAUCUGCACUGCAGCUACUAAACACAUUCAGGUAGCAGAGGAUUUUCAGUCGAGGAGUUUUUUUUGUCACCCUCCUCCAAACUUGAGGUUUGAGUUUCGAUAGUUUUGUUGUUUCUUUCUUGUUUUUUUUUUUCUCUCUCACCUUUUUCUAAUCAGAAAACAUCUGAUGUUAGUGUUAUUAUAGAGCAUUUGAAUUUGUGUGGCUCUGAUUCUUCUAACACCAAAGGAGGGGGAUGGGGAUGCAUUUUGCAAAGCCAGAUUACUUCAGCAGCUGACGCGAAGGCUCGGUGAAUUCAGUGUUUAUUAGAAGGACGUCUCGUCAACAGGCAGAGACUCGGGGCUUACAUGGAAACGCCACGGCUCGCUCUAGAACCACAAUCAGAGGCUUUUUUUUUUUAGGCUUUGAAGUCAUAGGGAAAACGAAGGUGAGAUGGAAUUUGUGCAAUAGAUAUUUCUAUCCUGGAUGUUUCUGACGUGGUUCUGUUACAAAUGGGAUGAUAGUAAAGUCGAUAGUGGAAUGUGGCUGUGCUGGUGCGUUCACUGACAAAACAAUGAAAAACCAAAAUGUUGAACACCAAGUAAACGCCCAGAAGGAAUGAACUGUAAUAAAUGGUAAUAAACAUCUAAACAGCCAUCAGAUAUAAGUGGGCAUCACUGAUUAAGUUUCCAAACUAUAAACUAAAAAGGUUUGAGAAGAAACUUCCCUCCUUCCUGCUGUGAGUGAUUCUAUCUAAAACUAUUACACUUCAAACUUAAGCAGCAUUCAAGGUUUCACUCGUACAAGCAAAGGUACAGAGAAGAUAUUAAUCAAAUUAAUCGAUUAUUGAAGUAUUUGUGAUUGAUUAAUCACUAUCUGGCCUUUUGAGUCGACUCAAAAAGGUCAUUUUCUAAAAGAACAACAAACUCAGAAAUUCAGCCAAAAUAGCACAAAAAUAUAAACAUUUGCAUUUGCAUGAGUCGGAAGCAGCAGGCGAAUCUUAAAGAGACAGAGACCAAAUUUCAAGGCGCUAAAUCACAAAGUCAAAUUACUUUUAAGCCAUAUUUGAUAUGUACAGCAUGUUUUAGAACAAAUGAAGUUAACAUGGUGACUUGAGUGUGCUGUAAAAUGGCACCACAUGGAAAACACAUGGUACUGGCCCUUUAAGUCUGCUGAGUGAUUUCAGUUUGAUUAAGAACCAAACUGGAAAGGCUUCUUGCCAUGAUCGGUGCGAAUCUUAGACAGUUCAUAAAAUCAUCUUGUAAGCAAAGAAAAUAACAACAAAGGAAUAAACCCAACAUGGCUUUGCAACUGAACUAUACCAUUAGCAUAAUCUACAGGUGGAUAAAGAGGUUCUGGGAAAAUGUGCUUACAGAAGGUAGUGGUGAGUGGGGUCUCUGAGACCACCGAACUCUCACCAGUCAUUCCUUGUGGGUUCUGAAUACGGUGCCUAAAUGUUCUGAAGAGUUCGAGUCUGAGCCGGAAAGGCCUGAGACACAGCCGAGGUCACGAACCCAUAUCACUAAAGCUUCUCCCAAACAUUGGACAUGCUCAAAUUUAUCUGCUACAGGGCAAAAAAGGAAAAGCGGUAACGUUUCCCGUAACUCCGGGAGUCGGCCAUCUUGGUUUCUGGACGGGUCCACCGGCGCUCCCCUGUCUGCCCUAACGCAGUCAGACCAGAGUCCGGCAGCAGAGUACUGAGCACCGUGAAGCAGGGCAGGGGUCAAACCCUGCGCAUGUUUUUGCCUGGAGACGGCUAAUUCUAGACGUUCAGCAUCUCAUUGGUGUACAGACAUUUAUUUAUUUAUUCAUGUAUUUAUUUAUUUAAAUAAACGUGUCUUAUUUUCAGAAUUUAUUUAUUGAAAAUGGCAUUUUUUGGCUCUUUAGUUUCAGUUUUUGCUUCAAGUGUGACCUUAAUUGAGCUUAUUCAAUAAUUGCUGUUUUCUAAUAUUAUUGUUAACAAUUUUAUUAUUAUUAUUAUUAUUAUUAUUAUUAUUAUUAUUAUUAUUAUUUAUGGUGUGACAUUUCAGGCCCUGUUAAGCAAACUGAUCUAAACUCUUGGACACCACUGACAUCAUGACCAGUAACUUCAAGUUUUUAAACCGUCAUAAAAUACUGAAGUAUAUUUUCCUCUGUGCAAGUCUGUGUCGACUUUGUAUUGCUGUUUGCUCCCUGCGGAAUAAUGGGAUCUUCAGCUGUGAUGUUCUAUUUACUGUCAUUGUGCUGAAUGUGGCAGCAAAAAUACAGAGUGUGAUAUACAUACAAGCUUAUAAUGUGUGACUUCAACCUCUGCCAUGGCUGAGCAAUGUUUACAUUGUCUAAUUUUUAGAAAAGGGGAAGAUCUCUGAGGAUUCUAUGGAAGCUUAUUACUGACAAAACUACUGGAGCAAAAAGAAACGUGGGGAAGAGCCGGAGAUAAUUCUGCAAUCUGGCUUCAGCGCAACCUUUUGUUUUCGGCCUUUGGGUAUUUUUUUGGGGGGAGUGUGAGAAUUGUCCCUUUAACUCAGUUAAAGGGACAGUUCACGGUUUUUUAGGUGAGGUUCAGACAAGAGCAUAUGAGCAGUUAGUAUCUUAUCUGCAGAAGAUAAUCCUCUUGACAUCUUCAUUCGGUGUGUAAAUCCAAAUUAUAUUGGUUGGGCUGACACUCAUGGUUAAUCCAGAAGAGAAAAACUAAAGUGGAAUUCAUGGAGGAUUUAAAAAACCCUUUCAGGCGCCACCAUAAUUAUUUAGACUGGAAGUGGGAGGCAUUGCAUCACCACUGGGCUUCUUGGAGAGCUGAACUACAGAGACCAGAUCAGUAUCAAGCACAUAUACAUGAUGGAACACGCUAAAAUUGUUAAAAUUCAGGUCUAAAUGAAUUUGGUUAAAAAAUAGGAAUCAAAUUAAUUUGCAACUUUUGAUAAAUAUUUUUUGGGUUGAAGGCUGCAUUAGUGAAUAGACAUGUAUGUGAACAUAAACACGCACAUCACAAACAUUGUAACUGUAUUAGUCCAUCCCUAAAAUAAACAGAAUGCCAUGGAGUUGUUUUCAUGCUCUUCUGCUUGAAGCCGUUUGGCUCUGAAAUGAAAAGAUUUUAACACAAUUAUGUGCGAAACCAAGUCGGUGUUUGCUGUUUGCGAUGCCUUUUAAUUUAGCACCCUGUGGACUUCACUGAAAUUAUGUGCAAGCAAAUCCUGGGGUUGAAAAGUUCAUGACGGUAAAGCCGGCCUAAAGGCUGCAUAACAAAAAAAAUGAACUGUUGUUUCAGGCGUUGCUCCUUAGUUUCCAGUGUUUCUCACAAAUGGUAAAUGAACUGAACUUGUACUGUGCUUUUCCACUCAAAGCACUUUACGCUAGAGCCACAUAUCAGUAGGCCAUUUGGGGUGCCUUGCACAAGGGUACUUUAACAAACCUACAACCUUCCAAACGCAAGACAACUCCUCUGCCCACAGAGCCACAGGAAGACCAUUUGUGGUGCUCUGCCUCCUACUGCAAUGUCCUGUGUAAAUAACAACUGAGUGGAAACAUGACAAUGGUUAUAGGUUUAUAACUAUUUAUAAAGUUGGUUUAUAAAGUAGAAUAGAGACUUUAUGACUGGACUGAAGGUUCAUCCUGGCACCACUCUGACUAGCCGUUAGCUUUAGCCUCCAGCACCAUUCGAUCUGGAUUCAUAAUAAAUGAAUUCUUUUAGGGAUCUAUAGUAGGUCGAUGGAUUUAUGUAUUAAUUGCCCACAGAUUUUUCUCACAGCAAAAAUCCUGAAUGAUCCUUUGAAGGUAUCUACAGUGGUAAAACGUUCCAUCUUUAAUGAUGACUAAUAUUUCUGCUUCAUCUGCCCCAGACCGUUCAUCCUGUGUUCUCCAACUCCGACUCCCAGUGUGAGACACAGCUGUGUGUUUUAUUUUAUUUUUAUUUUUUGUGCUUUCCAUGUUUUGCCUUUGAUGAGCUUCCAGUGAAUUCACACGUCUGUUUACAUAUCAUGAGCUCUCAUGCGCAGUCAUUUCGUAGCUGUAAACAACUAACCUUUCUACGGAGCAUCACCCCAGGUCAUUUUCUAAGACAAAUCAUUUCUAUUACUGUCUGCAGUCUUUUUUGGUCAUCUGUCACUAUUUUGUUACAACCCUUGUACAGCACAAGUUUAACUAAGCAGUAAAAUAAAAACUGACAAUUUACUGA